AUGACUGAUCAACGUACCACAACAUCUUCAGAUGAAGAUAAAGCUAAACAAAAACAAAAACGAACACAUAUGUCAUUGUUUACUCUUUGUAAACGAAUAAAAGAAGCUAAAUUAGAUGGUCAACAAUUAUUUUCUCGUUUACUUGAAGAAACAAAGAACCAAAUGCGGACAGCUGAAAAAGCAAUUUGUGUAGCUGGACACAAAGAAACAUCAGAUGAAAAAAUGGAACAAUUAGAAUACGAUUUAGCAAGAGCUAUCUUUUAUGUUGAAACUGUUCGUUUUAAUAUGGAUCAAACAUUACAAGAAAAAGAACCACAAACAACAAAUAAUGAUCAUGAAUAUGAUGAAGAAAAUGAGACGAUGAGUGAUCCAGCUAAAUUUGCUCAAAUGUUGAAUAUGACGACAAAUGAAAAUAUUAAUAUUCCAUCAGAUCAACGGUAUGCUGUUCAAUUAGAACAACUUAUUUCAAUGGGUUUCACUAAUCGUGAAGAGAAUUUAGAAGCACUAACAGCAACGAUGGGAGAUAUUAUUGCAGCUCUUCAACGACUUCCAUCUGAAAAAUAA